UGGCUCAAAUCGACGAAAUUCAUUGUCGAUGCUUUCCACUACGUCAACCACCGGGCCACAGAUGUUCUCUGCCGUUUAUGGUGCAACCCGGCCCCUACCAAUGGCUCUCAACCAGAUCUCGUAUUGGUAGAAAGGGAUCAACAGGGACGUACCCAUCAAACUCGUGCAUUCAACACCGAAACGGCCGAACAGCUGAAUGCUUGGCUUCAAGGUUACGAAGCGCCUCUUCGCAAUAUGACAGACGUCAACUUUGAUCUGUUUGUCCAUGCGCUUUUCCUACUCUUUGCUGAAGAUGUCCAAGCACGGAUAGAGCGUAAAGACCGUGCGCUCGGGGAGGAGUUCUGGGAGAACAUGCAAGAAGGAGGAGAAUAA